AUGCCGCCACGCCUUCUCCCCUGUCUCCGCUCCCUCUCUCUCACAUCCCGUCUCCACACCCAAACCAUCCCCCGAAACCCUAAUACCAGUAAACCACCACUCACCACAAAAAACCCUAACCCUAAUUCUAACCAUGAUCCUCCAUCCACCAUUAGCCACCUCCUCCACCUCCUCACACACCAAUCCAACUCUCUCUACUCCCUCUCUCCUCUUAGUCCUGCCCUUGCAAAUUCCAUAUCUGCCCUGCCCAACCCCUCCUCGACUGCCCUCCCCUUCUUCAGAUGGGCCACUGUAACUGCCCCAAAACCCACUUCUGCACUCUACGAUGCUCUAGUUUUGCUCGCCGUCCGCUCGAACCACCCUGCCUCUCUUGUCUUUCUUCUCGUUGAACGAUUUCGCCAUGGCUGUUUCAACACAUCAGAAACAUUCCAAUUCAUUAACCAAAACUCUCCAAUCUCUCUCCAAACCCUAAUCCAAACCAUAGCUUUAAUCACUAAAGGCACCGCCCGCAAAAAUGCGUUUAAUGCGCUGGUUGCUGCUCUCUGUAAGGCUGGGAAUAUUGGCGAUGCCCGCCACGUGAUCGACGAAAUGCUCGAGAAUUCACACGGUGCUGAUGUUUGCACAUUUCACCCUUUGAUCUCAAUCUUUAGCAGGAUGAGAGAGAAAGAGAAAGUAGAGGAGCUCUUUGAUUUGAUGAGAGGGAGAGGGAUCAAUAUAGACGUUGCCUGUUAUAAUUUUCUUCUCUCUAGCCUGUGUUACGAAGGGAAGCUCGAUGAAGCAGCCGAGCUUUUAGGUCAAAUGGGUCAAGAGAAAAUCAAAGGGGAUUCAAGGACUUAUGAUGCUCUGGUUUUCGGAGCUUGCAAAGUCGGCAAACUCGAUGGAGCCAUCGAUUUGAUAAAUACGAUGAGAGGGGAAGGAAUUACAGUUCUUUACUGCACUUAUCACCAUGUGAUCAGUGGUUUUCUUAGAGCUGGUUCUUUUGAGGAUGCAUUAGGGUUUGCUAGCAGUAUAGAGAAUGAAGGGGCGGCCAUAGAGAAUCUAGAGCUUUUGGGACGACGAUGUGUGAAGGGAAAGAUGGUGGCAGAGGCCUCUAUGGUGGCUAGAGAGAUGAAGUCUAGGGGUUUCGAGGUAGGGGAAAAAUUGCGGAGAUAUGUGGAGGAGAUGGCAACAGUUAGCCAUGCCCAUUGUUGA